UGCAAGCAAAAUCAAACAGAUCACCGUUCGGGCGAUCGAGCGACUUGUCGAGUCGAGUUGAUGAGUUUCAAAAGUCUCAGCAACUGGACCCAGCUGUUUGUGAAAGACGUUCUGGAUCAUAACAAUGACUGUCCACAACCUCUGAAUAUAUCUCUCAGGACUAAUAAAAGCGUAGCUUCAUCGCGUGGCAGCACGUUGAUACGGUACUGCAGAAAUGGAUUUGGACCAAACCCAAGCAUUGGAUGAGCCUUGGACCACUGAUAACUCGGGACCCAAGCGUCAGGUGGCAUGGCUGACAAUAGUUUCUGGUGCAGAUCCUGCUGGUAGAAAGCAUCCGGUAUAUGAAGGUACGGCGGUCAUUGGUCGGGAUCCUAGCUGUGAUAUCUGCAUUGAUUCCAAGAAACUGUCCAAGACGCACGCUGCGAUUGAGGUUGAGGAUGGAACUCACUUUCUCCACGACAUGAGCAGUCGGAAUGGAACACGCUUUGGCGAGUUCUUGCUCAGGCCGAAGGUUCGCUAUGAGGUAACACCGGCGCGGCGCGAGUUCAUUCUGGGAAACGUGCUGUGUCGCUACGACAUUAUCCCGACGGCGGCAGAUGGUGCCGGUUCUGCCACGGAUACGGACUCUGACGGAGAGCCACCGUUUGUACUGGACACGGAGAGGCCGGACGCUAGUGGGGACGAGGUUCUUGUGGAGAACAGCUAUGAUGAGGAGUGCUCAGAGCCAGUGUCAACUGUACCCACGUCCCUGUCGAAGGAGCGGCGUCAGCCUCCAGUCACCUCCACACCGCGCUCUCACCAGACACAGGCCACUCUUGUCCUGCCCGAGUCGGAGCAGGAGUCGUCGGAGGAGAUCGUUCGCACUGUCCAUGGCCGUCCACGACGCAUCUUGGACAGCCAGGCUGAUUCUGAGUCUCCAGACAUUGGCAUGGCACGCAGCAGAUCUAGUGGUCGCACUCCGGCGGUCAGUGCUGACCAGCAGCAGCAGCAGACUGAGUCAUUCUCCGUUGUUGCUGCAUCUGAGCCCGAUGACGCAACGAUGCAGCCAACACUCCUGGUCGAUGAGAUCAGUGCCGCUGAUGCUACGGGAACCACGGCGUCAACAGCACCUGGUCUGGUAGCUGAACCCACGCAGGCCACACAGGUCUUUGAUACCAGCACGGUGGACACGGAUCCCACUCAGCCCACUCUCAUGAUGGAUGCGUCGGCCACUGCUAUUGCUGAGACCACGCAGGGUGCUUUGUUUGACAACUCUGCCACGCAGCCAACGCAGGUGUUUGAAGAUACUGACUUAACAGCAUCCCCGACCGCUGCUGGCCAGGGGCAAGUCUCCAAUGCAUCAUCAGCAGCAGCAGCAGCGGCGGCAUGUGACCCAACGCAGCCUACGCUUGAGUACGACAGUGAUGCGUCUGAACUGAUGCUCGCUGGCGAUGAUCGUCUUGACACGGACGAGGACGAUGCCGGCGAAGAAGCCAUGGAUGUUACCGAAGGCACUGUCAUAUUGGACGAAAUUACCAGCACAGACGGGUGUGUUGUAUCGGUGUUGAAGGUCGGUAGCACCAAAGGCGCGGUUCCAGAGGUCGAGCAAGAACGAGAUCAGUUAGCUGAUGAUGCUGCAACGUUGGCUUACUUACCUGGUGAAGGUCAUGACGAAGAUGCGGACACGACAGGCCCAGAAGAUAAUGGUGAUGAUGAUGCUGUUCCUAACACUGGCGAUGAUGAUGCAGAAGAACCCACCCUGGCGUAUGGUGCUCUGGCCACGGCAGAGCCAAACAGUGACGACGACAACAACAGAUCAGCAGCUAAUGAUACUGCUGACGAUGAGAGCAAUGCUUCGCCUCUGUACUGUAAUCCCGAAGAGGACGGAGAAGAACCUACCCAGGCGUAUCUUUCAGGUGCUCCAGAGGAAGACGCGGAAAGCUUUUCGGUGCCCAUGCCCGAGCCUAUUGCUGACGAUGAUGAUGAUGAUGAGCAACCAACUCUGGCGUAUGGGCUAAAGUCUGCUGAUGGUGAUGGUGAGGAAGAGGAACCCACGCAGGCUUAUGGACUGAACGCAGCUGGCGAUGAUAAGGGUGGCUGCAAUGAUGAUAACGAUGAUGAUCCGACGUUAGGAUAUGCUCUGGUCGGCGAAGGCGAUAAUGGCGAGGAACCAACACAGGCUUAUGGUAUGGCCGCUGGCAAUGCCGACGCUGGUGAUGAUGGCGAGGAGCCAACACAGGCUUAUGGCUUGGCUGCUGGCAAUGCGGACGCUGGUGAUGAUGGCGAGGAACCAACACAGGCUUAUGGUAUGGCUGCUGCGCGUGCUGAUGAAGACUUUGCCACACAGCCGUACGGUAUUGACGCCGCUGGUGCAGGUAGCGACGACGAAGGCGAGGAACCCACCGUCGCAUGCCCAAUCUUCGGUGGCAAUGAUGGCGAUGAGGACGUUGAGUCACAGGAGUAUGUGCCGGCAGCCAAGGUGCCUCACGCGGUGCUUGCCAGGUCACCUGUCCAGCCUUCCCCUACUGCUGCUACUGCUACUGGCACAUCACCUCGACGAACACCGCCACGGAGAACGAGAGCCGGAGGGGAUGGCGUGUCACCGGCAGACAUUGUUGAGGGUACUCAAGCAUCCUCUCCAUCACCAUUGAAGAGCUGCCUUCCUGGUCUGCAGAAAGCAACCGCUAAUGUGCAACGAGGAACGAAGCGUCAGAAGCGUGUGCUUUUUGCAGGCGAUGUUGAUUCAGAUGCUGAUGAUGAAGUGGGCAUUAUGGAACCAGGAGCUUGGAAGUAA